ACUCUUUCACUAGCCACUUGUCCUCUUCAUAUGAUGAUCCUGUUAGCAGCUCGGUUUCAAGCCUGGCUGAACAAGUGGGCAAUGAAUUUAAGCUUGUUGCUUGCCAACCCUGCCAGUGGGCUUAGCUGGAAGUCGGCACAAAUAAGGAAUGAGUUUUGUCUACGGAUCAAUAGUCUGCUUGACCUCACCGAGCAAAUAAGCAAGGAGUCAUCCCGAUACCCUAUCACUCAAGGCAGUUUUGGGGAUGUCUGGAAGUGCAUACAUAAGCACCCUCGAAACACGGUAGCUCCUUCAGGUUUGCACCUGUGAAUAUGCACUCAUACUGUCUCCCCGUCUACCAGGUUGCAGUAAAGUGUCUGCAACUUGAAAUUUCGAACAAUAACUUCAAGACAAAAAUUACCGAGGUUUGAGUGGCUCCACACGCUAGUAAUACCACGUGUUUAUUUGCUAAUGCAUGACACUUCGGAGGCUCACACACGACUUGCAGCGGAAUAUUAAGCUGAAACACGCCAAUCUGUUACCUUUGCUGGGUAUAACUCAAGGGUUUGGUCCACUGCCUGCCAUCGUCUCCCCAUGGAUGAAAAAUGGCUCACUUACCAUGCUCCUGCAACGUGAUUUCCAGCAAAUCACUCUCCCUCGAAAACUCCAAAUC